GUGCGAGAGAAAGGAGCAGGCAUCAGUAAACGAAUGAGAGGAGGGAGCUGCUUUGCAAGCGAAUUGGAAGUGAGGGUAUUUUUAGGGGGAAGCAAAGGUUGUCUCACAAUACUUGGGUGACUGGAUUGAUAAAGAUGUAAACCAGGAAGCGAAGACAAAGGACUAUAGAGACUUUAAGUUUUGCUUUUUUUCUACAGGAAUAAAAGUUCACUCAGCUUUGUGUUUUUUGGUGGAUUUCUAGCUAAAUGGAGCGGGCAAUGGAUACGAAAGUGGACUGCUGGAACUGAAGUAUAUUGCUGUUGUUGCAGGGUAGUGGUCUAUCUCUUCUCACAGCAUAGUCUCACUCUUCCCUGAAGUUGUUGGCACGGAAGACAAACUGGCACCACUUCCCCAGGCUGACUACACUGCAACCACCCUAAGCUCUUCUGGGAUGCAACGUUACGCUGGCACCUGUGGAGGGUAGUCCUCACCUCCACCCGGGACCUGGUUGUGAGGACCUGCCUCGUCAUUUAUUUUUCCUGCUUCAUUGGGAGUAAUUUCGGUCGGUGGAAUGCUCAGAUCCCGUAAAACCAAAACCAAACAAGGAGCUCUGUAUAUUUUGUGUCUUCUGAUGAACUUUUGAGGUCAGCCAUGCUGAGUCUGCAGGAUUCUGUCUUCUUUGAGAUCAGCAUUAAGUCUCUCCUGAAGUCAUGGAGCAGCAGUUCUUCGGCACCAGUCAGCAGCAGCGCAAGUAGACGCCGCACCCCCUCGUCAGUGACUCCUCUCUCGUGGGAAAAACACAACAUUUCCACCAUGUCCAACAUCACCAUUGACCCCGAGCUCAAGCCCGGGGAGUUUGUCAUCAAAAGUUUAUUUGCUGAGUUUGCGGUGCUGGCAGAGAAGAAGAUUGAGAUGGUGAUGGCUGAACCACUGGAGAAACCACUGUCCAGAUCUCUGCAGAGAGGAGAAGAUGCACAAUUUGAUCAGUUAAUAAGCUCUAUGAGCUCGAUAGCAGAACACUGUUUGCCCUCUCUACUGCGGACACUGUUCGAUUGGUACCGAAGACAGAGUGGCACUGAAGAUGAGUCCUACGAGUACAGACCUCGGUCUAGUACUAAGUCAAAAGGAGAUGAACAGCAUCGGGACAAGGAUUACCUUCAGGAAAGGAGGGAUUUAGCCAUAGAUUUCAUUUUUUGUUUGGUUUCAGUGGAAGUUCUCAAACAGAUUCCGCUUCACCCAGUGCCAGAUGUCUUAGUACAUGAAGUUCUUAACCUGGCUUUCAAGCACUUUAAACACAAAGAGGGAUACUGCGGCCCAAACACUGGCAAUGUGCACAUCAUCGCAGACUUGUAUGCAGAAGUGAUCGGCGUUCUCACACAGUCAAAGUUUCAAGCAGUGAGGAAGAAAUUCAUCACUGAGCUGAAAGAACUUCGCCAAAAGGAGCAGAGUCCUUACAUAGUCCAGAGCAUCAUCAGUCUCAUCAUGGGCAUGAAGUUCUUCCGUGUCAAAAUGUACCCAGUGGAGGAUUUUGAGGCGUCUUUUCAGUUCAUGCAGGAGUGCGCCCAGUACUUCCUGGAGGUCAAGGACAAAGAUAUUAAACAUGCUCUUGCAGGUCUUUUUGUCGAGAUUCUCAUUCCUGUAGCUGCGGCGGUCAAAAAUGAAGUCAAUGUUCCAUGCCUCAAGAACUUUGUGGAGAUGCUGUACCAGACAACCUUCGACCUCAGUUCGAGAAAGAAGCACUCUUUGGCGCUGUAUCCUCUGGUGACUUGUCUGCUCUGUGUGAGCCAAAAGCAAUUCUUCCUCAACAACUGGCACGUCUUCCUCCAGAAUUGCCUUUCACACCUGAAGAACAAAGACCCAAAAAUGUCCCGUGUGGCCCUGGAGUCACUCUACCGACUACUGUGGGUGUAUAUUAUCAGGAUCAAGUGUGAAAGUAACACAGUCACUCAGAGUCGACUUCUCAGCAUCGUCUCAGCACUUUUUCCCAAAGGUUCUCGAAGUGUUGUCCCUCGGGAUACACCCCUCAACAUCUUUGUUAAGAUCAUUCAGUUCAUAGCUCAGGAACGACUUGACUUUGCUAUGAAGGAGAUAAUCUAUGACCUCCUGUGUGUAGGCAAGUCUCACAAAACCUUCACCAUAAACCCAGAGAGGAUGAAUAUUGGUUUGAGAGCCUUUUUGGUGAUCGCUGACAGUUUACAACAGAAAGAUGGAGAGCCUCCUAUGCCUACAACAGGCAUCAUCAUGCCCUCUGGCAACACACUACGUGUCAAAAAGAUCUUUCUCAACACCACCCUUACAGAUGAGGAAGCGAAGGUCAUAGGCAUGUCGAUGUACUACCCGCAAGUAAGAAAGGCCUUGGAUAACAUCCUGAGACAUCUGGACAAAGAAGUGGGGAGAUCAAUGAGCAUGACCAACGUGCAGAUGUCCAACAAAGAGCCAGAGGACAUGAUCACGGGAGAAAGGAAGCCAAAGAUCGACCUGUUCCGCACAUGUGUGGCCGCCAUCCCCCGGCUGAUACCAGAUGGCAUGAGUAGACAAGACCUAAUCGAGCUUCUAGCCAAACUGACCAUCCACAUGGAUGAGGAGCUUCGAGGUUUAGCCUUCACUACUCUCCAGGCGCUGAUGGUGGACUUCCAAGAGUGGCGGGAGGAUGUGCUCUCAGGUUUUGUUUACUUCAUCGUCCGAGAAGUGACGGACGUCCACCCCACUCUGUUGGAUAAUGCUGUUAAGAUGCUACUGCAGCUCAUCAGCCAAUGGCGCCAGGCAGUGCAGAGCAGUAACAAGAGCCAUGAUCCACAGCAGGCUUCCAGCAAUCGCCGUUCUUUGUCCUUCGAGCGUUCUUCAUUAGGCGUCCUCCAUGUGGUCGAGGGUUUAGCGGUCAUGGUACUCUGCAGCUGCCGCCCCGCCACAAGGAGACUGGCUGUUAACGUCUUGAAGGAAGUCCGAGCUCUACACACAGCCUUAGGCAUUGCUAAGGGAGAUGAAGAACUGGCCAUUGAUGUGAUGGAUCGGUUAAGUGCAUCUGUGUUGGAGAGCUUCAUCCACCUCACUGGAGCUGACCAGACCAACCUGCUCUAUUGCCCCAGUGGGAUUGACCUACAGUCUUUGGCAGAGUGGAGUUCUUCACCCAUCAGUCACCAGUUCGAUGUUGUGAGCCCCUCACAUAUCUGGGUGUUUGCCCAUGUCACUCAAGGCCAGGACCCCUGGGUCAUCAGCUUAUCUAGCUAUUUGCGGCAGGAAAACCUCCCCAAGCAUUGCCCCACUGCCCUCAACUACGCCUGGAUGUUUGCCUACACCAGACUACAGUUGCUAUCUCCACAAGUUGACAUCAAUAGUCCCAUCAAUGCCAAGAAAGUCAACAGCUUGAACAGCAGUGAUUCUUACAUUGGACUGUGGCGGAACUAUUUAAUUCUUUGCUGCAGUUCCGCCUCCUCUUCAUCAUCCAUGUGUUCAUCCUCCACCUCUGGCUCUGUUCGCUCCUCUCUGGCUGAGACGCUGGCGUCCACGCCGGAUGGCAGUUACAGUUACGAUUCAAAGAUUGUUGGCAGUCCCUCUCUCUCCUCUCUGUUCAAACACAUCGUUCCAAUGAUGAGAUCUGAAAGCAUGGACAUCACAGAGUCUCUGGUGUUGGGGCUUGGCAGGACCAACCCGUUGGCUUUCAGAGAGUUACUAGAGGAGCUGAAUCCCAUCAUAAAGGAAGCUUUGGAAAGAAGACCUGAGAACAUGAAAAGGCGCAGGCGUCGUGACAUCCUCCGAGUCCAGCUGGUCCGGAUAUUUGAGCUACUGGCUGAUGCAGGUGUCAUCAGCCAAAUAGCCAGUGGAGGUUUAGAUGGAGAGAGCCACUCUCUGAACAGCACACUGCUCGAGUAUGUUGAUAUGACCAGGCAGUUGCUUGAGGCGGAAAACGACAAGGACUCUGACACACUAAAGGACAUUCGCUGUCACUUCAGUGCACUUGUAGCAAACAUCAUUCAGAAUGUUCCAGUACACCAGAGGAGGACUAUAUUCCCUCAGCAGUCUCUGAGACACAGUCUGUUCAUGCUGUUCAGCCAUUGGGCCGGUCCCUUCAGCAUCAUGUUCACCCCUCUGGACCGCUACAGCGACAGGAACAUGCAGAUCAACAGGCAUCAGUACUGUGCACUCAAGGCCAUGUCUGCCGUGUUGUGCUGUGGACCUGUAGCUGAUAAUGUUGGCCUUUCUUCUGAUGGCUACCUCUACAAGUGGCUUGACAACAUCCUGGAUUCUCAGGACAGGAAGGUUCACCAGCUGGGUUGUGAGGCUGUGAUGCUCCUGCUGGAGCUCAAUCCUGACCAGAGCAACUUGAUGUACUGGGCUGUAGACCGUUGCUAUACCGGUUCCCGUCGAGUGGCUGCUGGCUGCUUCAGGGCUAUAGCAAAUGUCUUUCACAACAGGGAUUACCAGUUCGACACUGUGGUGCUGCUGAAUCUGAUUCUGUUUAAAGCAGCCGACUCAGCCAGAGAUAUCUAUGAAGCAGCCAUGCAGCUGUUACAAAUUCUGGAACCCAAGCUCUUCCGUUACGCCCACAAAUUGGAGAUCUUGAGAACUGAUGGCAUUUUGACCCCUCCCUCGCCCCUGCCCCACCUCUACUCUGUUUCUUACUAUCAACUGUCUGAAGAACUUGCAAGAACAUACCCAGAGCUCACUCUUCCCAUCUUCUCAGAGGUCAGCCAGCGAAUCCAGACAGCUCACCCUGGUGGUCGUCAAGUGAUGUUGCACUACUUGCUUCCUUGGAUGAACAACAUCGAACUGGUGGACUUCAAACCCACAUCACGCCGGCCAGAAGAUGGCUGCAGUGCCGAGGAGGAUGAGUCACAUGAGCAGGAGAUGAUGAUGGUCAAUAGCAGGCGCUGGCUUCGUGGCGAAGGAUGGGGAUCCCCUCGUGCGACGACAAUGGUGCUAAACAAUCUCAUGUUCAUGACUGCCAAGUAUGGUGAUGAGUUUGCGUGGUCAGAAAUUGAGAAUGUAUGGACCACGUUGGCAGACAGCUGGCCGAAGAACCUCAAAAUUAUUCUGCACUUCCUUAUAAGUAUGUCAGGAGUCAACAGUGACCCCAGCCUUCUGUCCUAUGUAAAACGUGUUGUGGUCUACUUGGGCCGAGACAAAACUAUGCAGCUGAUCGAGGAGUUGAUGUGUGAACUUGAGCUAAUGGAUCCUGUCAACUCAGCCGUCACGCACAUGGACAACCCGCCAUAUUACCGCAUCACCUCCAGUUACAAAAUUCCCUCUGUUACCUCAGAAACCAUCUCCAGCAGCAAUACCAUGGUGCCAGGAAAUGAUAGUCACCAUGACAGCAAGAUAAAAGAUUCCAACUUGGAGGACAGUUAUAUCCACAUGGACAUCUACAGUGGGUUGAACACAAACCUGAACCGCCAACACCACCGCUUGGAGUCUCGUUACAGCAGCAGCUCUGGAGGAUCCUAUGAAGAAGAGAAGAGUGACUCCAUGCCUCUAUAUGCUAACUGGCGUCUGAAAGUGAUGGAUCACGACAGGCCAGAGCCUCUGCCCUUCCCACCAACAGGAGGCUGCUGGUCUCCGCUGGUGGAUUAUCUACCUGAAACCAGUGCCCCUGCUGUACCCUUGCACAGAUGUAACAUUGCAGUGAUCCUCCUGACAGAUCUCAUUGUGGACCAUGGAGUCAAAGUAGAGUGGAGCGCCUAUCUGCAUCUUUUGCUUCAUUCAAUUUUUAUUGGAUUCGAUCACCAGCACCCAGAGGUCUACGAGCACUGCAAACGUCUACUGCUGCACCUGCUUGUGGUUCAUGGAGCCAAUGCUAAUGUUCAGUCUGUUGCUAUGGUCCUUUUACGCAACAGAGAGUACAACGAACCUCGAGUUUUGACUGUGAAACCGGUCACUCCAGAGUUGAACCUCACAGGCGUGCCGGAAGUUUUGCCUGAAUGUCAACCAUCACCAAUGACAGAUUCUGGCCUAAGCUCAAGUUCCACAUCCUCCAGUAUCAGUCUGGGAGUUGGAGGAAGUGCUCUGUCUCAUCUUACUCCCUCUCUUAUUGGUGAAGUGGAUGCUGCUACAGAGCAGCACGAGAAGGUCAAGUCUCUCAUCGAGUUCAUAACCUCAAGAAAACGGGGACCACUUUGGAACUAUGAGGAUGUGUCCCCUAAAAAUCCCCACAUCAAGAGUGCGGACCAGCUCAGUGUUUUCGUUCGACAUGUAGUAACUGUCUUCAAACACUCCCAGACAGAGUUCCAGUUGGAAUCGUUACUAAGCGAAGUGGCUCUACAAACGGCUCUCUCAUGUUCAUCUCGCCAUUACGCUGGUCGCUCCUUCCAACUUUUCAGAGCCCUGAAGCAACCCCUGACUCCCUCCACAUUGUCUGACAUUCUCUCCAGGCUGGUUGAGACUGUUGGUGACCCUGGAGAGGAGGCGCAGGGUUUUGUUAUUGAACUACUUUUGACUCUGGAGUCGGGCAUCGACACACUUGCAGACACAGUCAAAAACUGUGACCUUCUCACCGCCUUAGUGCAAAAUUCUUCCUGUGAUCACUUGUUGGGACCCAAGCAUGCUGCCAACAGGAAAAGCACUGGGCAGCUGAACCUGAACAGCGGUGGUCUCUACCACUACGUUCACAAUCGCAGCAACUCCUUGAGAGCAAGUCUAAUGAGCGAAAGAAAACUGGACCGACGUCGCAGCAACACUUUGGACAUUGCUGACCGACUUUAUGGAAGCCAUGGAAACUUAGCCCGCACGCGGAGCUUAUCUUCUCUUGGCGGAGGAGGGGGUUCAGGAGGGGAUAAUAAUCCUCCCGUGGAUCCUUCCAAUUUGAUGGCUACCGUCUUUUGGAUUGCUGUCUCGUUGUUGGAGUCGGACUAUGAGUUUGAAUACCUACUUGCUCUGCGACUUCUCAACAAGCUGAUAGGCCAGCUGCCUCUAGACCGGGCAGACAGCAGGGAACAUCUAGAGAGGGUCCAGGCAAAGCUGAAAUGGUACAGCUUCCCUGGUCUGUUGCAGCUCUUCUUAAAGGGCUUCACCUCAGCUUCCACUCAGGAGCUCACAAUCCACUUGCUCAGUAAGCUCAUCAGUGUGUCCAGACUCACGCUAGUCGACCCGACACAAGUAGCAGGUUUUCCUCUGAAUAUUCUGUGCCUCCUACCACAUCUCAUCCAGCACUUUGACAGCCCCACUCCCUUCUGCAAGGAGACAGCUGAUAAGAUUGCCAAAGUGUGUGCAGAUGAGAAGUCGGCCACUCUAUCUAAUCUGGCCCAUAUGAUGAGCCUGUACAGCACGCACAGUUACUCACGCGACUGCACCAACUGGAUUAAUGUAGUCUGUCGCUACCUCCAUGAUGCCUUCUCUGAGAUAACCUUGAACCUGGUCACUUAUCUAGCUGAGCUGCUGGAGAAAGGACUUCCUGGGAUGCAGCAGUCCUUGUUGCAGAUCAUCUACAGCCUCCUGAGUCAUAUUGACUUGUUGGCUGCUCCUGUCAAGCAGUUCAACCUGGAUAUCAUGAAGAUAAUUGGCAAAUAUGUCCAGAGCCCUCAUUGGAAGGAAGCCCAAAACAUUUUAAAGUUGGUGGUCUCUCGUUCAGCAAGUCUGGUCGUUCCGGACGAUGUGCAGCGACCGUACAGUUUGGACUCAUGCGGCUCACCUGAGAUUGCUUUCACCCGUAUAUUCAACAAUGCCUCCAAAGAACUUCCAGGGAAAACCUUGGACUUUCAUUUUGACAUCUCAGAGACCCCUAUCAUUGGGCAUAAAUAUGGUGAUCAGAGGACUGCAGCUGGCCGAAAUGGGAAACCACAGGUGAUUGCUGUAACAAGAAGUACAUCCUCUACGUCAUCAGGUUCAAACUCAAAUGGUCUGGUUCCGGUCAGCUGGAAAAGACCUCAGCUCUCUCAGAGGAGAACUAGAGAGAGACUCAUGAAUGUUCUGUCUCUUUGUGGUCCGGAGUCUGGCAUACCAAAGAACCCAUCUGUAAGACUCCUCUCCUACUCUAAAGCCUCUGACAAGGUGGUGUUCUCACCCACUGAGGAGCUGGACUCUGGGGACCAGCAGACCAGUCUGAUACCUACAGUGGAAGAAGUGGUCAGGGAGGAGGAGGUACAGGGAGAAGACACGGGCAGUGAACAGCAGUUUGGUGUUUUCAAGGACUUUGACUUCCUGGAUGUGGAGUUGGAAGAUGCUGAGGGGGAGAGCAUGGACAACUUCAACUGGGGCGUGCGUCGGCGCUCUUUAGAGAGUAUGGACAAAGGGGACACACCGUCUUUGCAGGAGUGUCAGUUCGCCGGCAGCACACCAAGUCUCAACCUCACCAACCAUGAGGACACGGAUGAAUCGUCUGAGGAGGAGGUACUGAGCGCUAGCCAGAUUCUCAACCGCUCUGGCCUUUUGAACAGUGAUUCAGCCACUGAUGACACAGCAUCCAACCAUGUGGACUCCCUGCAACAGUCCCAAGAAUCGUCCAGCAGUGCUCUCACUGAGGAGGCCACUGUACUUCCCGCUGCACCCUCCCUUCCUCGACUGGAUAGCCCUCAUUUGGAGAUGACCCACUCAGACAGCACCAGCAGCCAGCUGCCUGAGGAGGUUGUUGGUAUAACCGCAGCGGACGAUCUGAGCAGCAGUGUGAGUGAGGAUACGGGGUUCUGCAGUGCCCCUCCUCUUCCAUGUGACCCCCCCGAACUCUGUGACCUACCAGACUCACAGGACACCCAGGAUUUUCAGGACUCCCCAGAGCCCCCAAACACACAUGAAGACCUGGACGCGGUUCCCCCUCCUCUGCCCGCCGUAGACUCCCCACCAGGGUUCCUCUGUGAGGAAGACUCCGAAGCAGUCUUGCCCCUAGCACUACCCUUGCCAAUUCUAAAUGACAUGAAGACGGAUUUUGACCCUGACCCCGACCCUGAGCCUGAUCCGGAUCCUGACAGUACCUGCGGUUCUGUCUGGGAAGAAGAUGUUACGCAGGCCCUGAAGGAGCUGGACGAACGCUGUGAGGAGGAGGAGGCGGACUAUUCCGGAAUGUCCAGUCAAGAUGAAGGUGACACCAACUGCUUCCCUGAGAUCCAGGCCUCUCCGCCCCCUUCACCCUUCCUCUCUGCCAUUCUGGCAGCAUUCCAGCCUGUCACCUAUGACAACGAGGAAGAUGCCUGGCGCUGCCAUGUUAACCAGAUGCUGUCGGACACCGACGGCUCCUCUGCUGUUUACACAUUCCAUGUGUUCUCCCGACUCUUCCAGAGCGUACAGAGGAAAUUUGGCUCCAUCACACAUGCGUCAGUGUCCUUUCUUGGGGAAAGGCUCCAGCGGAUGGGUAACCAGUUCCUAAGCUCCCUGGAAGUCAUGACGUCUUGCUCCCAGUGUCCGACUGUGCUGCUGGACGCUGAGACGCUGGUUUCCUGUGGACUGCUGGAAACUCUCAAGUUCAGUGUGCUGGAGCUGCAGGAGCACCUGGACACAUACAACGCCAAGAGAGAAGCAGCAGAACUUUGGCUGGAAAACUGCAGGAAGACGUUUGGGGACAAACAGAGCGGCGCUCGACUGGACACUCACGCACAGCAAAUGGGGAAUCUGGCAGAGCUGGAGUUGUGUCGCAGGCUCUACAAGUUGCACUUUCAGCUGCUGCUGCUGUUCCAGGCGUACUGCAAGCUCAUCAACAGGGUGGACACCAUGAAGGCGGAGGCGGAGGUGACCAACAUGUCUGAGGAGCUGACGCUGCUGGAGAGCUGCUUGAAGGAGGCAGAAGCAGACAGUGACGGUCAGGAGGACGUUUGCAUGCCAGACGCCGCGCAGACCAACACAGAGACGGCAAUCCAGUCACUGAUAGAGACGCUGAGAGCCAGAGACUUUGGCUCCGCCCUCACGCAGGUCAAAGUCUUUAGGUCUCUGUGGCCUAACGACAUCUUUGGUAAUGAGACGGACAACGCGGUCCAAACGCUUCUGCACAUCUACUUCCGUCACCAGACACUGGGUCAGACCGGCUGCCUGGCAGUGGUGGGCCCCAGCAGGGAUCUUUCUCAGGCCAGCAGCCGCCUCAUGGAGCUGAAUCUACAGAUCCGAGAGGCUCUGAGUCAAGCUCAGGCCUGCCAGGUCCACAGCACCAUCCUCAGCACGGGACUGUGAGUCGUGGCGGCUGGACCAGACUGGACUAAAAUGAGAAGAGACUCCACAUUUAAAGGGCUAAAGGAUGUGUGGGAAUAACUCUGAUCACAUGUAUGAGUGUUCUAGCUAAUAGCUUUUCUCUAGCAAACCUGCAAGAUUCCGUUGCAAUAAGUGGUGUGAUGGUGUGACUGGGAUAAAACGAGUGGACGCGAUGGGAUGUUAACUUUAUUGAAUUUGCUUUCUAUUUUUCCUUUUUGUUUUUUUUUUUUUGCCGAUCCUGACCUGUUGCUCCUUCAGUGUUGACCAAUGGCCUCCUGACGGAGCAUGUUAGUCAGUGAUGAAUGUGUGGGACGCGUCGUCAGGAUAUGUUUUCAGAAGCAUGCUUGAAAGACAAAAAGCACUGCAAGAAUAUUUUUUGAGAUAUAUAUUUUUUAUUAGAGCUAACAUCCUAGGUUGUAAAUGUUUGAAUAUUUAACAUUGUAACUCUGUGGGGAGCGUUUUCCCCCCGGGGAGUGUAAAAAGAGAAAUAUAUCUGUUUAUUCGCCUGCUUUCAGAAACGAGGCCCCUCUGCAGGUUUUCACGCAAAACUCACUCUUUAACCAAAUAUGUAGCUGCCUUUAGAGACUGUGUGACCACAUGCUGGGUAUAUUUACUCACACAAUAAUGCAUAUACUUGGCUACAGCUCAUUAUGGAAACAUAACUUAUUUUACUCUGUAUAUAUUUUAGACCAUGUAUAGUGUAAAACCAGUAUUUUUCCCCUCGUACUUUUGUGUAAAGCACUGUUCAUCCACUUCGGAUGUUGAUGUAUAAAGCUAAUCUGAAGCGUGUAGCCGAAACUUUAACAACUUAUUUUUUUUUUGUUAUCCAAUCACAAAAACUUUAAAUUCCUGAAUUGCUGCCUUGGUGGAGGGGCGGGUGCAGAAUGGAUCAGGUAUCGUGAUGGAGGGUGUUCGGGAGCCUCCACACCAGUCCAGCUCAAUCAUAUGCAUUCCUGUUGUCGUGUUUCCUUUUUGGUCAGUUCCUCAGUGAAGCUUCACACUUUUUCUGCAUUAACCCUGUUCAUCGCAAACCUGCAUUGUUCUCUUUGAAAUGGCCCUUCUUGCUGCUUGUGUGACUGAAGGACAUGGGCUAUCUGGAAAUGGUGUUUUGGCACAUUGAACCAGUCACUGUACUCAUUCCUCAGCUCCCCCUCUACUGUUUGUCUGGUACAUUUGAAUGCUGAUCUUAAUUGUUUUAAUGGAAGUUAUUUACCUUGGGAUGAUUUUAAUUUAGAGGUGCAUUUACUUAUUUUUGUUCCCUCACAAGCCAGCCUUCUCUCUGGAUGAAUAAAAACCUAAUCAUACAUUACA